CCGCAGCCACGGCAUCGCAUUCGAGUUCAUCGUCUCUUCACCUCAAAAAAUAAACAAAAUAAAAAAUCUUUUUCGCACACCGCCUUUGCCUUCACCGCCGCCUCGCCUCGCCUCCCUCGCACGCGCCGCCGCCGCCCGCCGGCGGCGGGAACGACCUCCUCCGCUCUCCUCGUUCCCGAACCCCCCCAGCCGUCUCAGUCUCUCCGAUCCGAGAGGGACUAGGAGGGAGGAGCGAGAUGAGGCUUCUACGGGUGGCCACGUGCAACCUGAACCAGUGGGCGAUGGACUUCGACACCAACCUCCGCAACGUCAAGGAGUCCAUCGCCCGCGCCAAGGCCGCCGGCGCCGCCGUCCGCGUCGGCCCCGAGCUCGAGCUCACCGGCUACGGCUGCGAGGACCACUUCCUCGAGCAGGACACCGCCGCCCACGCAUGGGAGUGCUUGAAGGACAUUUUGUCUGGCGGCUAUACGGAUGGCAUCUUGUGCAGCAUAGGAAUGCCGGUUAUUUUCAAGAGUGUACGGUACAACUGCCAGGUGUUCUGCUUAAACAGCAAGAUAGUCAUGAUUAGGCCAAAGAUAUCUCUUGCAAAUGAUGGAAACUAUCGGGAAUUUCGAUGGUUUUCUGCUUGGACAUUCAAAGAUGCACUUGUUGACUUUCAACUCCCUCUUGAUAUCUCGGAGGUUACGUCCCAGGAUACUGUGCCUUUUGGUUAUGGUUUUAUUCAAUUUCUUGAUGUAUCAUUGGCUUCUGAAACCUGUGAAGAGCUCUUCACUGCAAAUGCCCCUCGCAUUGACCUAGCGUUGAAUGGUGUUGAGGUUUUUGUGAAUGCAAGUGGAAGCCAUCAUCAGUUAAGGAAGCUCAGUCUUAGGAUUGAUUCGAUGAGAAAUGCAACCCUUGCAUGUGGUGGUGUUUACAUGUAUGCUAAUCAACAGGGUUGUGAUGGUGGACGCCUUUAUUAUGAUGGUUGCUGCUGCAUCGCUGUCAAUGGAGACGUUGUUGCACAGGGAUCUCAAUUCUCGUUAAAAGACGUUGAAGUAUUGGAUGCUCUGGUAGAUCUUGAUGCAGUAUCAAGUUAUCGAGCAUCUGUUUCUAGUUUUAGAGAGCAAGCAAGUCACCGAACCAAAGUACCUUUUGUUAAGGUACCAUAUAAGCUUUGUAAGCCAUUUCAGAGUGGAAUGGUUCCAACUGGUCCUGUUGAGGUUAUGUAUCAUCGUCCUGAAGAGGAGAUUGCAUUUGGACCUAGUUGUUGGUUAUGGGAUUAUCUGCGGAGAAGUCGAGCAUCAGGAUUUUUGCUGCCACUGUCUGGUGGUGCGGAUAGUUCAUCUGUUGCAGCAAUAGUUGGUUGCAUGUGCCAGCUUGUCGUAAAAGAUAUAGAGAAUGGAGAUGAGCAAGUUAAGGCAGAUGCUAUGCGGAUUGGCCAGUACAAGGAUGGAGAGUUCCCUAAAGAUAGCAGAGAGCUCGCAAAACGUUUAUUUUACACUGUUUACAUGGGGACUGAAAAUAGUUCUGAAGGUACUCGAUCACGAGCGAAAAUGCUUGCUGAAGAGAUCGGUUCAUUCCACUUGGAUGUACCAAUUGAUAGUAUAGUAUCUGCAUUGCUUUCUUUGUUUGAAAGAUUGACUGGGAAACGCCCACGGUACAAGGUUGAUGGGGGUUCCAAUACUGAGAAUCUGGGAUUGCAAAAUAUUCAAGCUCGAAUCAGGAUGGUACUAGCCUUUAUGAUGGCGUCACUUAUGCCAUGGGUUCAUAACAAAUCCGGGUUCUAUCUUGUUCUGGGAAGUUCAAAUGUGGAUGAAGGAUUGCGUGGUUAUUUGACGAAAUAUGACUGCAGCUCGGCAGAUAUAAAUCCCAUUGGAAGUGUAAGUAAGCAGGACCUCCGGGCUUUCCUGCGAUGGGCAGCAGUUCAUCUUCACUAUUCUUCCCUUGCUGAGGUUGAAGCGGCGCCACCUACUGCAGAGCUUGAGCCGAUCCGUGCGGACUAUAAUCAGUUGGAUGAGGUGGACAUGGGAAUGACAUACGAGGAGUUGUCAAUAUAUGGAAGGUUAAGGAAAAUUUUCCGUUGUGGUCCUGUUUCAAUGUUUCAGAACCUGUGCCACAGGUGGUGUGGGACACUAUCCCCCUCCGAAGUGGCUGACAAAGUGAAGCACUUCUUCAAGUACUACGCGAUAAACCGGCAUAAGAUGACUGUCCUGACACCAUCCUAUCAUGCGGAGAGCUAUUCGCCCGAGGAUAACCGGUUCGAUCUUCGGCAAUUUCUGUACAACGCAAGAUGGCCUUAUCAAUUCCGGAAGAUCGAUGAGCUUGUGCAAGACAUGGAUAAAGAUGGCAAAUGGGUGAACUCUACAGAAGGGGAGCUGAGAAGACGCAAGGGCGUUAGAUCCGCGGAAGGAGGCGGAAUGGGUGUCGUCGCCGUGGGAUCUGCCAAUCCAAGUGCUGGAUCGUGAGAAAGCAACCGCUUUGCAGGAUGUUUGGUUUUCUCAAGUCACAUCGAAGUUUCUCUAAUUCACACUUUUAUUCAAUAAUUUCUUUUUUUUUUUGAUAAAAUCCCUGUGUGUGGACGGGGAUUGAGGUUGUCUCAUCCAACCAAUGUAAGUGUCCAUAACUAAUCAAACAGGAAGCGUCCAUAAACCACACACAGCCACACAGGCGUGAGUAUGCUAAGAUAUCAAAAUUUCUAAACCAAGACCCUUUGGUUAAGAACAAAAA